AGGGAGCCACCUCCUCCUCCCGUCUCGCUCGCCGCCGCCGCCCCGCCUGUCUCGGUUUCCUUUCGGCCCCCACCUCAGGCCCAAACCCCCGCCGCCGCAAAAACCCUAGCCAUGGACGCGGCGGCGCUGGAAUCCCUCAUCCUGGACCUCCACGCCAUCGAGGCCGUCAAGCUGGGCUCCUUCGUGCUCAAGUCCGGCAUCACCUCGCCCAUCUACCUCGACCUCCGCGCGCUCGUCUCCCACCCGCGCCUCCUCUCCGCCAUCGCCUCGCUCCUCCACGCCCUCCCCGCCACGCGCCCCUACGGCCUCGUCUGCGGCGUCCCCUACACCGCGCUCCCCAUCGCCGCCGUCCUCUCCGUCGACCGCAACAUCCCCAUGCUCAUGCGCCGCAAGGAGGUCAAGGCGCACGGCACCGCCAAGUCCAUCGAGGGGUCGUACAGCGCGGGUGACACCGUCCUCAUCAUCGAGGACCUCGUCACCAGCGGCGCAUCCGUGCUCGAGACCGCCGCCCCGCUCCGCGCCGAAGGGCUUGUGGUCACGGAUGCAGUCGUCGUCGUUGAUCGCGAGCAAGGCGGCAGGGAGAAUCUCGCCGCCAACGGGAUCACUCUGCACUCGCUCAUGACCCUCACGGAGGUGCUCGCCGUGCUGCUGAAGCACGGGAAGGUGACCCAGGAGAAGGCGGAGGAGGUGAGGCAGUUCCUCGACGCAAACAGGAAGGUGGCGGUGCCGGGGGUGCCUGCUAAACCCGUGGUGCUUAGGAAGCCAUUUGAGGAGAGGGCGAAAUUAGCCACCAACCCUGUGGCGAGGAGACUCUUCGAGGUGAUGGUGGCCAAGCAGAGCAACCUGUGCGUAGCUGCAGAUGUUGGGACAGCAAAGGAGCUCCUGACCCACCAGAUUUUUGGCUCCAAACUUCGCUCGAUUGCUGAGAAGUACAACUUUUUGAUCUUUGAAGACCGCAAGUUUGCUGACAUCGGAAAUACAGUAACCAUGCAAUACGAAGGAGGAAUAUUCCGCAUAUUGGACUGGGCUGAUAUUGUUAAUGCACAUAUAGUACCUGGACCUGGAAUUGUAGAUGGCUUGAAGCUAAAGGGUUUGCCUAAAGGAAGAGCACUACUUCUGCUCGCUGAAAUGAGUUCGGCCGGCAACCUUGCUCAGGGAGCUUACACUGCUGCAGCUGUAAAGAUUGCUGAGCAACAUCCUGACUUUGUGAUUGGGUUUAUAUCAGUAAAUCCUGCAUCUUGGUCAGUAGCGCCAUCAAACCCAGCACUUAUCCAUGCGACUCCUGGAGUUCAGAUGGUCGCCGGAGGAGAUGCUCUUGGGCAACAAUACAACACUCCCCUAGCUGUCAUAAACAACAGAGGCAGUGACAUCAUUAUAGUCGGUCGCGGGAUUAUAAAGGCGAGCGAUCCUGGUAAGGCUGCACUGGAGUACCGCGUCCAGGGAUGGCAAGCCUACCGCACCAGCUUGCUAUGAGCGUGUUUAGACAUCGGAGUAUAAGGUCAUCAUGCAACUGAUUAUGUAAUAAGAGCAUGGUCCCGUCGUCGCUGUGCUCCAUGCACGCACAUUGUUUCCUAGUGGUUGCGACAAUAAUAAUCCCCGUAAUGUCCGUUCCGUUCUUGUUGCAUGGGUUGGUGUUGUGAUGCCCUUGCUGGAUGAGAUUGACACAAUGUUCACCCUAGCUGAGAUUCCAGAGUAAUUUCACGCCAUCUGUGCUGAGAAAUGCAUGAAUCCACCAUGGUUAAACUUUG